AUGUCUCGAUUCUUCUACCGCGGUGGUAGCGACAGCGAGUCCAGCUCUUCCGACGAGGAGGAGGAUGUCUACGAGCGCUCCGAGGAGGAGGAGGAGAGCGACGAGGAGUCCUCCGACCAGUCCGACUCCGGUUCUGACGAGUCCGAAUCUGACGACGAGGCCAUCGCCAAGGGUGGUGCCGCCGCUUUCUUGAAGGAUGAUUCCGAUAGCGAGGAGGAGGAGGAAGAAGAAAAAGUUACGGUCGUGAAGAGUGCCAAGGACAAGCGGUUGGAGGGUCUGGAGAACACUAUCAAGUUGAUCGAAAAUGCCCAGAAGAUCAACGACUGGUCUGUCAUCUCGACUGAGUUCGACAACCUGAACCGCCAGAUCGUCAAGAUCACCCAGUCUGGCCCCGUCCCCAAGGUCUACGUCCAGGCCGUCGCCGAUCUCGAGGACUUUGUCAACGAGGCCGUCUCCAAGCAGAAGUCCGCCAACAAGAAGAUGAACGCCAGCCAGCAGAAGGGAUUCAAUGCCGUCAAGCAGCGUAUCAAGAAGAACAACAAGGACUAUGCCGCCCAGAUCGAGAAGUACCGCGCCAACAAGGACGAGUACAUGGAGAGCGACGAGGAGGUUGAGAAGCCUCUGCCCGCCGCCCCCAAGCCCACCAAGGUCGAGAGGAUCGAGAACUUUGCUGCCGCUGCUGCUGCCGCUGCCGCCGAGGACGAUGAAUUCACCACUGUCGGCCGUGGUGGCAAGACCCUGCAGUACACCCCCGAGAGCAUCCUCAAGCACCUCCGUGUAAUUGUCGAGUCCCGCGGAAAGAAGAACACCGACCGUCUCGACCAGAUCAAGACCAUGGAGAAGCUCCUGGCCGUUGCUACUACUCCUUACCAGCGUAUCCGUGUCUACCUGACCCUCAUCUCUACCCGCUUCGACCUUACCUCCUCUUCCGCCAACUACAUGAGCCCCGAGCAAUGGAAGUCCGCCGACAAGGAGUUCGGUUCUCUGCUGUCCGUCCUGGAGGAGAACCGCAACCUGGUUGUCAGCGAGGGUGCUGAUGAGUGGGAGGAUGACGAGAAGCAGCCCCAGAUUACCGAGGGCGAGACUUUCUACAUUCCCGGCAGCAUUGUCUCAUAUAUCGAGCGUCUGGAUGACGAGCUCACCCGCUCCCUUCAGCAAAUCGACCCCCACACUGCCGAGUAUAUUGAGCGCCUGAGCGACGAGCAGCAGCUGUACAACAACCUUGUCCGUGCUCAGCUCUACGUUGAGAGCCAGAACGCUGGUGAGAAGAACGACUCUCGACAAGACAGCGUUAACCGUGUGAUUAUCCGCCGUCUGGAGCACGUCUACUUCAAGCCCUCCCAGGUUGUUUCCAUCCUCGAGGAUGCCACCUGGAAGGCUCUCCCCGAGCAGCUCGACUCCGCCAUCACCACCCGCAAGAACGUUGGCGACGUCAACACCCUCAUCCAGACCCUCUCCCACUACCUGUUCGCUAACAGCGAUGGCAUCAUCCGUGCUCGCUCCAUGCUGUGCCAGAUCUACUUCCUCGCUCUGCACGACCAGUACUACCGCUCUCGCGAUCUGAUGCUCAUGUCCCACUUGUCCGAGAACAUCUCCAACUUCGACGUCAGCACCCAGAUCCUCUUCAACCGCACCCUUGUCCAGAUCGGUCUGUGCGCUUUCCGCGCCGGUCUCAUCUACGAGGCCCAGAACACCCUCGGUGACAUCUGCGGUUCCGGCCGGCAAAAGGAGCUGCUGGCUCAGGGUAUCAUCCUCCAGCGGUACUCGACCGUCUCCCCCGAGCAGGAGCGCCUCGAGCGCCAGCGCCAGCUGCCCUUCCACAUGCACAUCAACCUCGAGUUGCUCGAGUGCAUCUACCUCACCUCCAGCAUGUUCCUUGAGGUUCCCCUCAUGGCUCAGACUUCCUCCGCACCCGAGAUGCGCCGCCGUAUGAUCUCCAAGACCUUCCGCCGCAUGCUCGACUACAAUGAGCGCCAGGUGUUCACCGGUCCUCCCGAGAACACCCGUGACGGUGUCAUCAUGUCGGCCAAGUUCCUCGCCGCCGGUGACUGGAAGAAGGCUGCCUCCAUGCUGUCCUCUAUCAAGAUUUGGGACCUCAUGCCGCAGCCCGAGAAGGUCAAGGAGAUGCUCGCUGCCCAAACGCAAGAAGAGGGUCUGCGCACAUACCUGUUCACCUACGCUCCCUUCUACGACAGCCUCUCCAUCUCCUCUUUGGCUGAUAUGUUCGAGCUCCCCGCCAAGAAGAUCGCUGCUAUCAUCAGCCGCAUGAUCUCCCACGAGGAGCUCGCCGCUGCCCUUGACCAGGUCAACGACGCCAUCGUCUUCCGCAAGGGUGUCGAGCUCUCCCGCCUGCAGUCCCAGAUCGUCACUCUCGCCGACAAGUCCAUGGGUCUGCUCGAGUCCAACGAGAAGACCCUCGAGCAGCGCACCCAGGGUAUGGCUAAUGCCUUCCAGCGCGAGCAGGGCCCCGGUGCCCGUGGUGGUCGCGGUGGUCGCGGCGGCGGUGGUCAGGGCCGUGGUGGUGCCCGGAUUCCCGGUCAGCAGGGUCGGAGACCCGGUGGCCAGCAGUUCGGCGGCGGUGCAUUGGGCGGUGCAAUCAAGGCUUAA